UUUUUUUAUUCCAUCUCAACAUCAAGAUGACAACAAACGAAAUUGAAGAAUUUGAUUUAAUUAUAGUAGGUGCAGGUAUCGUUGGAUGUACAGCAGCAAAGGCAUUUGGAAAAGAUGGAAGACGUGUUCUUUUACUUGAACGUGAUUUAUCAGAACCAGAUCGUAUUGUUGGUGAGUUAUUACAACCAGGAGGCAUGGAUGCCCUUAAAACACUAGGUUUGGAAGAUUGUGUGGAAGGUAUUGAUGGUAUUCCCUGCUAUGGUUAUGGCGUCAUUCGUGGUGAUGAAUUAGUAGAAAUUCCUUAUCCAAUUCUUCCAGCAACAGAGAAACAAGCUAUGGGUAAAUCAUUUCAUCAUGGCCGACUUAUUCAAAAAUUGAGAAAAUCUGCUAGUUGUGCUGAAAAUGUGACGGUAAAAGAAGUUACAGUGAAUGAAUUGAUUCGAGACGAAGACAAAGUCAUUGGCGUUGUUGCACAAUCAAAAUUAAAUGAAGAAUUUAAAUUUUAUGCCCCACUUACAAUUGUAUGUGAUGGUAUCUUUUCUAAAUUCCGAAAAGAUUUUACAAGUAAAACGCCUGAUGUAAAAUCCUAUUUUGUGGGUUUUAUUUUAACAGAUUGUCAAUUGCCUUUACCUAAUCAUGGUCAUGUUAUACUCGCUAAACCAUCUCCUAUCUUAAUGUAUCAGAUUAGCACUCACGAAACUCGUGUUUUAGUCGAUGUUCCUGGUAAAUUACCUUCUAUUUCUAAUGGUGACUUGAAAAACUAUUUGAAGGAUACAGUUGCACCUCAACUACCUGAAACUAUACGUAUUAAAUUCUUGGAAGCAAUUGAGACAGAAAGAUUAAGAUCAAUGCCAAAUGGAUUUUUACCUCCUUCACUUAAUCAAACAGAAGGUAUGAUUGUCUUGGGUGAUGCAAUGAAUAUACGACACCCUUUAACUGGAGGUGGUAUGACAGUUGCUUUUAAGGAUGUUAUCUUACUGCAAGAAUUAUUAUCAAAAGAAAUUGUACCUUCAUUUACAGAUACAAAUGUUAUUUCAUAUCAAUUGAAAACAUUCCAUUGGAAAAGAAAAAACUAUUGUACAGCUAUUAAUGUAUUGGCCAUGUCACUUUAUCGUCUCUUUGCUGCCAAUGGUAACUUGGAUCUUGAGGUCCUUCAAAGAGGUUGUUUUGCUUAUUUUCAACUAGGAGGUGAAUGUAUCAAUGGUCCUGUAGGACUCUUAUCAGGUCUUAUUCAACGUCCUUUUACUCUUAUUUAUCAUUUCUUUGCUGUUGCCUUUUAUGCUAUCUAUAUUCAAACAAAAAAGAAUGGAUGGUCAGGAGCUCAUCAUAGUUUCAUCAUGUUCUUUACUGUUCUUUAUACUGCAUGUGUUACCAUUUUACCUUAUCUUUUGAGUGAAAUUAAAUAUUAAAGGAGCUUAAAAAAAAAAGAAAAAAAAAAAAAAAAAAAAAAAAAAA